AACAGCAAUGCUGUAGCCUAGUAGUCAACGAGAGCAUUGCGUGUAAAUGCUCCUGUCAAGAUUCCUUUGGGCGUAGCCGCUUUGUAUUACAUUACGCAAAAAGCGUCAUCCCCUUUCGCAAAUCAACAGCAGAAGAACAAACGGGACAGCAUGGCGUUGGUGGUCUACAUUCUGGUGCUAUUGGGGACUCUUCAGUCAGUUUCAGUUUCAGCCGGUGAGGAUUGUGAGCCGUUCUAUAAAAAUGGCCGGUAUCAGUGGAAACAAAGUUGCCCCUCUAAAGAGCAUUGCUGUGGCUCCUGCGACUACCGAUUCUGCUGUUCCAGCCUUUUAAAUUGGCUUUCUGAACAUGAACAAGAAAGGUGCGACAACAACAAUAACGACUUCAAUAGUGAUUUCGGCCGUGACCCUGGGUUGCCAACCUUCUUCAAGAUUCUCAUCCCACUCUUUGUCAUCUUUUUUGUGGUCAUCCUGAUCUAUCUAUGCUACAAAAAGUGCAACUCUCCUACACCGGUGGUGGCUACCACAACUCACACGACAGUGGUAGCUUCUACGCAGUACCCGUCGAACCCCACCACUGUCCAUCAGCACCCUGGCUUCUACCCUGGCAACCAGCAGCCAGGCUACGGAACCCCUGCACCUUACGGAGGUCAGCCAAUGCCCAGUGUGGAACCGCAGGGACCAGCCAACACAGCGUUUGGGCCCCCUCCUUCCUAUCAGGAUGUUGCUGGAGCAGGAGGAUACCCUGUCAACUACGGCGGUGCCGCCUUCCCACCGGGCCAGCAGUCCUACCCGGCCUCUGCGGACCUCAACGCCCAACCUGCCUACAACCCCGAUUACGCCGCCCCACCACCUGCCAAAUAUUAAACAUGUCCAUGUGCCUGAACCCCAACUUGACACACAUGGAUGCCGUCUUUACCGUAAAUCCCUGCACCACUCCACAUGAAAGUACCCCUGCGUUGUACUGUCUGGAGCGCACGGUUUACGGACAUUUUCUUUCUUCCCGUUUUCCAAAAUUACUUCAUUCAAACCAUCUGCAAAUGUGCAUUAACAUAGUCAAGAGCUAUCAUGAAUAUGUUAAGCCUGUGCACGGAAGUGUCUGUUUACAUGUAAGUAUGAAACCAAAGUUUUCAAAAAUCAGAGAAAGAAAUUGCCAUUUGUGUGUAAAAGAAAGGGACAAAUGAAGGGAAAGGUAUGAGUGUGGAGCUUUUCCCCACACUAGUAUAUUAAAAGUACAAAAAAGAAUUUCAAAAAUAGAAAUCCUUAAUGCUGAUCUUUUGAAGCAGGUAUUAGAGACUGGUUAUUUUUUUUUGCAGCUGGUCACAUUUUAAAAUGCAUUUCAUAUAUUUGUGUCCUGUUUGUAAAAGGCAUUUCAUUUUUGUCAUUUUCUGCCUGUGCAGAAGGGAAAUUUUGUCAUUGUGUGACUGUUGUGAGAAUCAUCAAGUUCAGGGAUGUAUACAAAGAAGAUGGUUAAGUGAUUAACCGGUAACCCUUCAUAAUAAUGGCAGACUUGGUAAAUAAUUAACUAAUGAUGAACAAAACAUUAAUUAAUGUUUUUUUAUAAUUAACUUUAUUUUAUUCAUGCUUUAGUUUAGGCCCAUAAUAAUACAAAUCUACAAAUAAUAUGUUCAAGAGUUUUACAAAGCUCUGAACCGAGUAUUUUUAUUAAUUUAUUACAUAUGACUCGUAAAUGUUUGAUAAAUAUAAAAAAUAACAUUUCCCAGUCAUUAACAAACAUGUGUUUAUUAUGUACUAAUUAUUAUUGUAUAUAUAUGUUAUUAAUGCUUUAUAAGCAGACAUUAUAUAAAGUGUUACCCAUAAACCUGGCUGAGUUGACCUACAGAGAGUAGCUAAUAAAUGGCUUGCAGAUGACAUUCAGUGAUGAAAAUGAGGAGUCCAGGCUCUUCUCCUUCAUGAUUUACGACUACUUCAAGGUUAACUUAACCUGGUUAACUACUGAACCAGCUUCUUGAUAUUCCCCCCCCCCCCCCAAAAAUAUAUUAUGCACUGUGUUUACAUGCCACUUUAUUUCAUUUUUUUUUUAAUAAAAUAAAUACUGUAUAUGCAGCAUGAUGUAUAGAAUAUUAGAAAUAUAUACCAUAUAUUAGAAAUAUUAGUCUACUACGGUGUGCCUUCGAUUGUCUAUUGUUUUUUUGUUUUUUUUAACUCUUUAACUCAUAAACUCCAGGGUCCACAUAAACUCCAAACCGUUCUCACUGCACGAAUAGACCAGGCGCGAUGCAAUUCAAGCGACAAAGUGCAGCAGCAAGCGAUACGAUCGAUUGAAGAGACUGUGGCUCAAUUCGAAACAGGGAAGGCAGCUGUCCUUCCAGUGAGCUAACUGGACAUCGAGUCAUGAAGUGUGGAUAGAAACGAAAAACUGUUUAUUUCCCCCCUCGGCAGUUGACUGCAUUUGUGGGCGUAACGGGGAUAUUUGAGGUCAGCAUCAGAUGCUGACUUCGCUGCCUUGGUACCCAACAUGCUGUGCGCCACCUCCCUCUCAACCGUAAACCUGAAAAACAAACAUGGCUACUACCCAAGCUACUACUUUAUCAUACUCUUUAUUCUGACACUUAUGUAUGUAGAUAUUGAAAAUCGAAUGGAUAAAUCAACAUUGUAGUAUCUAAAUAUGUUGUCGCUAGAUCUAUUUAUAGCCUAUUCUACGAUUCCGCCGUCUGACGAUCAUUCACCAUUCAAAUAGCAUGCGUAAGCUAAGCGCUAACGUGAUGAACGUAACUCCCGCUAUAGAAUCGCCGUAACAUCAAAUGCGCAAGGCAGCGCACUCGUUAGUGCCGUUCGUAACGGCUGCCUCAUCAGCUAACUUCACGUAUCUAUCUGAUCAGUGACCUGUUUAUGUAGGAGAGUCAUCGAGUCACUGCCUCCCGUUUCGAAUUGAGCCUGUAUGUCCGUAGAGGCAGAAAGCAAAGCAUUCAAGCAUUCCCAUUGGCUGUGGUCACUGACCUCUAUACAGUCAUUGGCUGUCGCGUCUUGUCGCCGAACCGCGUCAUAGAAAGUUGAAAGGAUUUCAACUUCAAACUGUCGCGCUCGUCGCGCAAAUCGCUCUAGUCUCCAGAAUCGCUUUUGUCGCGCGACUCAAUACAAUGUCAAUUACUUCCGUCGCUCGCCUCGCUCUUGUCGCGGUAGGUGUAUUUCUGCGGUAACUCUUGAUCCUCAGGUUAUGUCAGGUCAUAAUGUAAAUCUGUUCAUGGCUUGUUCAGAAUUCCAUAUUAGACAUUCUAAGAGUAUCCAGUCUUUCUGAUAUUAGUUUGGUCUUGUGUCUGUUUUGGAAGCAGACCUCCAUGCCUUCUCCUUGCCUUCUUGCAUACUACUUUGUACAUGGUUGCAGCACUGUGGACAUUUCUAGUCAUUGUUUUUGUGUUUACUUUAUCAUAUAUCAUGUUUUUUUGUGUUGCUUUGUUUCCUAUUAGUCUAUCUUUUUAACUAUGUAGCCUACUGGUACUUGUCACUGCACUUUAUCUGCACCUAGUCCCACCCAUGGCAUGUUUUUUUGUUAUUUUUAAUACUUCUGAUCAUCUUUUGUCAUCAAUUCCUGUCCAGGGACUACAGAUGAAAAUUAGCCUUGUGGCAAUAAUCUGGUUCAAUGGUAUGGUGUGCGCUAUCCCUGUCAAAUAAAAGUUACAUGAAAGUAAGAUUAAAUUGAGCUAUGUACAGUAUAUGAGGAACCAGCACAAACUAAAAGGACUGACUUCAUUUGGAAAACCUUUUCAAAACAGUCUUUCGAUGCAAGAAGAUAGUUCAGAUAUGGGAGUUAAUGUAUGUAUGCUGUAUACCUUGAAAUGUCCAUGUGCAAUGACAGCCAUGGUACAGCAUGUAUAGGUGUGUGCAUGUGUGGUAACACUGAAAAGCUUUCUUGUGGUAUUAAAUAGAAUUAACUAUCAUGGUGUGGAUAAAACAAGGCAUCGAAUGCCAUCUAGACCCACAGAGGUUUCCACACAGAUGUCAUAUUUAAUGUCUGGAUGUGCACACUGGUAGAUCAGUGAUAACAGUUAUUGCAUUGUUUUGUAUGUAUAUUUUUAAGUUUGUCUGGUCAAAUUCCACUUUGAAGACAUGUUAUCCUUUUCCCUGUCUAGUAUACCAGUACCCAAAGCUGUUUCUCAAAUGGCCAUAAUUACCGGUAUUGUUGAAUACCAUUUUUCUAUACAUAGAAAAGCAGAGUGCCUUUUUUACAUUAUCACUAUUGCUUCUACUAACGGAGGCCACUGGACGUUUUUCUUUCCUUUUGUACCCAUCUGUUUUUGCCAGCUAUUGUUACAGAAACUUUUUCUGGUCUGGACAACUUUUGACAACAUCGACAUGUUUUCACUUUUCUUUUCACUACAGUUUUAAGACGCAUAUACCUCGCAUUGCAGUCUUGUGAAUAAAAAGUUCUUCCUGUUCGUCCGAACAGUGACACCAGA